UGUUUGCCUGACUCUCUCUAUAACUGUCUUACUCGCCUCUGUCGAUUAUAAGCCUCAAGACGAGAGGAAAUCAUCAGGAAAAAAUGACUAGAGGACACACCUUCAUCUGUCUUCUACCUUUACUGAUUGGGUAUUCAUCUCAGUCCUGUCAGAAGGACUGUUCCAAAGAAAACCAGGAUGUUUAUGGCAUGGACGUGACACAGAUCCCAGUAAGUCUGAAAGCAGGUGUCACAGAGGUCUUCUUUGUGGACAGUAACAUCACUGUGAUCCCAAAGGGGGCCUUCGCCACCAACCCGAAGCUGGAAAAGGUAGCAUUCAUCAACACCCCCACUGUGUCCGUAGAGAACGGUGCUUUCGAGGGAUUGGUCAACCUCAAGCAUAUUGAGAUCUCCAAUACCCCACUAACAUCCUUGUCUGUAGAUGUCUUCCAAGACCUGCACAACCUGGAAGAACUUCUGCUGAAACACAACAAUAUCCGUAGUCUGGAGAAAGGAUUGUUUGAUGGCCUUAAGAAACUGAGAGAACUCCAAUUGCACAUUAACAAGAUUGACACCAUUGAGGAGGGGACAUUUGAUGACCUAGAAAACCUUCGGGCCCUCCAUCUGGCCAAAAACGACCUCAGUUCUGUGUCCUCCGCCCUGUUCUCGAAGCUACACAAACUGGAGGUACUGAGGCUCUAUGAGAACCAACUUACCGCCAUUCCUGAUGAUAUAUUAGAAAAUCUAUCCAAUUUAAAGGAGAUCGCUCUACAGAGUAACAACAUCACUUCAAUAUCAGCCAAUUUUUUCCCACAUAAAGACAAAUUAAACAAGAUACUUUUGGACAAUAACAUGUUGACUGAAUUGCCUCCAGAAAUAUUUGUGGGCUUUCCUCUGCUUAAAGCAUUAACACUAAAUGGAAAUAAACUUGCAAGUCUACCUCCUGUCCUCUUUGGAGAGAUGCCCAAGCUGACUGAUUUGAGUCUCAGUCGAAACAGUCUUACCAGCCUUCCUCAGGGAGUAUUUAGUCCUCUUAAGAAACUCAAGAAGUUGGAUCUGUCUAACAACCAAUUGUUAACCGUGUCUGAAGAGUCUUUUGAGGGCCUUGAGAAGCUAACAGAACUCAAUCUUCAAUACAACCACAUCAAAUCAUUGAAAGCAAACACCUUUGAAAAGCUGACAUCACUAACCACCCUUAGACUGGCUCAUAAUAUCCUGGGGACACUUCCAGAGGAUGUAUUUGACCCCUUACCAAAACUCAGCAAAGUCUAUUUAAACAACAACACUUGGCAUUGUGACUGCAGGAUGGUCCCCCUCUUCAAUUGGAUGAAGGCAAACCCUGGCAAGAUCAAGUCUAUGACUCCUGAGAUCUGUAACCAGCCAGAGGAUUUAAAGGGACAAGAAAUCAUGUCUCUCAAAGAGGACCAGCUCAUAUGUCCUGUAUCUCCUCUGACCACCAUCCCUUCACUCACCACAACCACCACCUUAGCCCCUACCACAACCACCACCUUAGCCCCUACCACAACCACCACUUUAGCCCCUACCACAACCACCACCUUAGCCCCUACCACAACCACCACCUUAGCCCCUACCACAACCACCACCAUAGCCCCUACCACAACCACAACCUUAGCCCCUACCACAACCACCACCAUAGCCCAUACCACAACCACCACCUUAGCCCCUACCACAACCACCACCUUAGCCCCUACCACAACCACCACCUUAGCCCCUACCACAACCACCACCUUAGCCCCUAUCACAACCACAACCACCACCUUAGCCCCUACCACAACCACCACCUUAGCCCCUACCACAACCACCACCUUAGCCCCUACCACAACCACCACCUUAGCCCCUACCACAACCACCACCUUAGCCCCUACCACAACCACCACCUUAGCCCCUACCACAACCACCACCUUAGCCCCUACCACAACCACCACCUUAGCCACCACCUUAGCCCCUACCACAACCACCACCUUAGCCCCUACCACAACCACCACCUUAGCCCCUACCACAACCACCACCUUAGCCCCUACCACAACCACCACCUUAGCCCCUACCACAACCACCACCUUAGCCCCUACCACAACCACCACCUUAGCCCCUACCACAACCACCACCUUAGCCCCUACCACAACCACCACUUUAGCCCCUACCACAACCACCACCUUAGCCCCUACCAUAACCACCACCUUAGCCCCUACCACAACCACAACCACAACCACCGUAGCCACAACCACAACCACUGUCUCAACCCCAAUACCCACCACCACACUUUUUACCACUAUCCCAACAUCCACCAUCACAAGAACCACCCUGAGAGAUUCAACAGAUCCACUAACCACGCCAAGGAUCUUCAGCUGUCCCAACAUAGCACCUUCUCGUCGCCCGUCCCCCUCCUACUACACCCGCCAGGCCUGGAGCAAGACCUCGCAGUGCAGGGCCCAGAUGAUAUCCUACACAGCCAUGCUGGUGGUGGAGAUAGGCUGCACCCUGGUGCUGGCUAAGUUCACCCUGUCUCUGUACAGCUUGCUCCAGCGCAGGGAGAGGCUGUACACACGGGUCAACCUGACUCACUUUUCCUACAGGAAGGAGAUCACGCUGAGGCCAGUCAAGAUGACAGAGACUGUGGGUCUGUGAUCAGCGGGGUGGGUUCACAUGAUUGCGCAAAUCACAAAGCCCUAGAGAUGUGGUAAGGUGGAAGAAAAUAGGGAAUGUUAGUUAUCUUUUCUGAAAAUUAAAUAAACACAAACAUAUUAAUCAAUCAAAUGUAUUUAUGAAGCCGUUUUUACAUCAGCCGAUGUCUUUGGAGUGCAACAGCCUAGGAGUAGUCCAAUACAGUAACACGUUAAAGUACAGUAACACAGUAACACAAUACAGUAACACAGUAACACAUUACAGUAACACAGUAGUCCAAUACAGUAACACGUUAAAGUACAGUAACACAGUAACACAAUACAGUAACACAGUAGUCCAAUACAGUAACACAUUACAGUAACACAGUAGUCCAAUACAGUAACACGUUAAAGUACAGUAACACAGUAACACAAUACAGUAACACAGUAACACAAUACAGUAACACAUUACAGUACAGUAACAUAGUAGUCCAAUACAGUAACACGUUACAGUACAGUAACACAGCAACACAGUACAGUAACACAUUACAGUACAGUAACAUAGUAGUCCAAUACAGUAACACGUUACAGUACAGUAACACAGUAGCACAAUACAGUAACACAGCAACACAGUACAGUAACACAGCAACACAGUACAGUAACACAUUACAGUACAGUAACAUAGUAGCACAAUACAGUAACACAUUACAGUACAGUAACACAGUAGCACAAUACAGUAACACAUUACAGUACAGUAACACAGUAGCACAAUACAGUAACACAUUACAGUACAGUAACACAGUAGCACAAUACAGUAACACAUUACAGUACAGUAACACAGUAGCACAAUACAGUAACACGUUACAGUACAGUAACACAGCAACACAGUACAGUAACACGUUACAGUACAGUAACACAGCAACACAGUACAGUAACACAGUAGUCCAAUACAGUA